AUGGAUCAAGCUGCUGGUAUCUCAUCGAGUGGUACAACCAUAGCGGCUAUACUGCAGCACUGGAGUCAGCGAGCAUCACCCAGAACAGCGGGUGCAGUGCCUUUGGCGGACGUGCCACCACAGUAUGAGAAUAGAAACAAGGAUUUCACGAUCGGCGUGAGGGAAGUGCCAUCAAGUAGUGGUACAGACUCUACCUAUAUUCAACGGUCACAGACAGAACAACCUUUGAAGCGAUGGCCGCAAGAACCACAGCCGAUCACCAAUGAACCCGUUGUAGAACGCUUUCUCGACUUCUUCGAUGUCAUUCUGUGUAUCCUGCCCUGCGCGCUGCUCAUCAAAGCCGGUCUCUGCGUGCUAGCGUCGCGGCUCGAUGCUGAAAAUAAAGGGCCAUAUAUCGACAAGGCUAGCCAGCUCACGGUCAAACUCAUUCAAUUCAACGAGCAACUCACCACCAUCUUCACCAUUAUAUUCAUCCUGAUCGUGUCGACAACCGUCCGGAGGUUUGCCCUGUGGAGGGCAGAAAAGGGGGCCACAAUUGGCGAGCUCGAACAGCUCCACGCCUCGAUCAGUCUGCCGGCAACCCUCAAAGCCAUCUGGUCCCUUCGAGCCUUCACAUUCACCAGCCUAGGGCUAGUCUUCGUCUGGACCUGGUACUACGCUGGAUCCCAAGCUUCUACCCGAGAGUACAGUUAUCAAGACUCGAGUCCGCUGCAGCAAGUCGAUGUGGCAUUCCUCGGCUCGCAAGCGACAUCUGCGUUCCAAAACGGCAUCAUCGACACACUGUCUCCCGUUCGGAAAACAGACAUGACUGCACGCUACCACAUGUACAGCCAGUUCACGGCAGGCACGCAGAAAGCCAACUCACAGGAUGCCAAAAGCAUAAACGGCGCCGACAUCUACGGAGCGACCCUCACGCCGUGGUACGGACCAACACGCGGGGGAUCGUGGGCGGACUUGGAGUUUGACAAGGAUGGAUGGCUCGAGAUCCGAGAGAUGUCGACGCAGCCUGUGGUGUCGUCGAUCGGUACAUCCCUCUAUCGCCGAAACAUGUCACAAAGCUCGCUGAAUGAAUGGUAUCCUUCGAAAAUGAUCGGUUCUUACACCUACAACACAUCCCACUUUCAAGCAAACUGCACUGCCCCCCUGCUGUCCACCAACAGCACGAGACCUGUGGGCCUGCUCCCCGUCCUGUCAACGGGGAUGAACAUGAGCGCGCCAUCUUCCGACCCCAGCGUCCCUCGAGAACUAUCCUUCUGGCACUACGUGAACUCGACCGCAAGCCUAGAGGCAACCUGUUCCAUGAGCCGCAUCAACGUCGAGAUCGAAGCGCACUGCACCGCAGCAAUCUGCAAGCCGACCCGGAUGCGCAAGUUUUCCACGGAACUCCGCACACUCCUUGACGACGACAGCUUCGCUCAAUCAUUCUUCAACUCAAUGAUGGUCGCAUGCGGUAUGCCCACAAAGCCUGGCGAUUUCUCGACCUUCGACAAUGACAACGGCAUUUCCGACCUGCGUAACGACAUCAACCUAGGCCGGCUGAAUGACCCCGCGGCGCUCGCGGCCGCAACCAGCGUGGCCCAGUUUCCCAUGUCCAUGGCGAUCACGCGCUUCAUAAACACGUACUUCACCGCCUCCCAAGUCCUCUUAUACGAGCACGAUUUCCAAGACGACCUCGCCAUCAACGGCUCCAUCGCACUCAAUCAAAACCCCGACUUCUCGUUCCUAUCAAUGGACGGCGCGAAGUUCGAGCCCCAGUAUAGCCUAUCCUGGCCGUGGCUGGCUGUCGACUGCAUUUCCAACAGCGUGUUGCUUGCGGCGGCCGUGUUUGCGUUCUGGCUGAGGAAGAAGACCCUCGCACCGGAUAUUUUCGGGUUUGUCUCGAGCUUGACCAGGGACAAUCCCAAUCUGCAGUUGCCGGAUGGUGGGAGUACGCUGUCGGGUAUUGAUCGCUCGAGAAGGAUGAAGCAUGUUAAGGUCAAGAUUGGGGAUGUGGGCACCGCGGCUGAGGUCGGCAGGGUGGGCUUGACGGCUCUGGAUGAUGGAAAUCCGCUUAGGAGUCCCCGGGAUUUGGAGAAGGGUCGUUGUUAUCAGUAA